CGAAGAGAGCACAACUAUCCGUGCGAUCCGGUUUAACGAGUACGGGCUUUAAAAGUUCCAGCGCCGAUCCGAUUCGGCGAGUGACAUUUUGUUUGCUUUAUUGUGGCCACAGCUGAGCGUGUGUGUGUGUAUUUAGUGAAAUAAUAUCAGAAAAAGGUCCAUUAAACAAGCUAGCAGUCGUCUUAAUAGACCAAAACACAUAACGUUAUAUUCUCUACAUCCACAUUAUUACGAAAUUCAGCAGCAGGUUUCGUUUGCGUUCGGCGCCAUUGAACGUGUGUUGGCUUUAUCUACGAAAUUUCCGAUUAGUGUGUGUGGUGAGGAGAUACGAAUACAAAAAAAGCAUUAUCAUCAUCGUCGGUCGUCGCCAUCAUUAUCGUACAAACGCACACCUACAUACGCAUAUACACAAAAACAGUGAUGGCGACCGCCGUGUUUACGAGACCCGUGCGGAGCCUUAUAAAUGUAGUACAGUGCGUGCGACUGGUUGGUACAAAGGCCACCGUUAAGUUAGCAAAAGAAAACUACGAGUAUGAUCUGGUGGUGAUUGGUGGCGGUUCCGGCGGUUUGGCCUGUGCCAAGCAGGCGGUACAGCUCGGCGCCAAGGUGGCCGUGCUGGACUUUGUCAAACCGUCACCGCGCGGUACCAAGUGGGGACUCGGCGGUACCUGCGUGAACGUUGGUUGCAUUCCGAAGAAACUGAUGCACCAGGCGUCACUGUUGGGUGAAGCGAUACACGAUUCGCAACCGUACGGCUGGAAGCUGCCGGAACCGGAAUCGAUCCGGCACGAUUGGGCCACGCUGACCGAAUCGGUGCAGAACCACGUGAAGUCGGUCAACUGGGUGACGCGGGUAGAUUUGCGCGACCAGAAGGUUGAGUACGUUAACGGGCUCGGCUACUUUAAGGACGAUCAUACGGUGGUGGCGGUGAUGAAAAAUCAAACCGAGCGGGAGCUGCGUGCGAAGCACGUAGUAAUUGCGGUCGGUGGACGGCCCCGCUAUCCGGACAUUCCUGGUGCGGCUGAGUACUGCAUCACGAGCGAUGACAUCUUCAGUCUGCCAAAUGCACCGGGCCGAACGUUGCUGGUCGGUGCGGGCUAUAUCGGGCUCGAGUGUGCCGGGUUUCUGAAGGGACUCGGUUACGACGUAACGGUGAUGGUACGCUCUAUAUUGCUGCGUGGGUUUGACCAGCAGAUGGCUACCCUGGUUGGUGAUUCGAUGGUGGAGAAGGGCAUCCGUUUCCAUCACCGUACCCGACCGCUGGCGGUGGAGAAGCAAGCCGAUGGUCGAUUGCUGGUGCGUUACGAAACAGAAGGUGAAGGGGGCGUUACCAAUGCGGAGGAUGUGUACGAUACGGUGCUGUUUGCGAUCGGACGUCAGGCGGAAACUGGCACGCUGAAGCUGUCGAAUGCGGGCGUCACGACGGCAGAAUCGGGCAAGUCGGACAAGAUCGACGUGAACGAGAUCGACCAGACGAAUGUGCCGCAUAUCUACGCGGUCGGUGACGUGCUGUACCGGAAGCCGGAACUGACGCCGGUUGCGAUCCAUGCUGGGCGUAUCAUUGCGCGCCGCCUGUUCGGUGGUUCCGAGGAGCGGAUGGAUUAUGCCGAUGUGGCCACCACCGUGUUUACGCCGCUCGAGUACGGUUGCGUGGGGCUUAGUGAGGAGGCAGCGGAAGCCGCCCACGGCAAGGACGGAAUCGAGGUGUACCACGCCUACUACAAGCCGACCGAGUUCUUCGUGCCGCAACGCUCCGUACGCUACUGCUACCUGAAGGCGGUGGCCCUGCGCGAAGGCAAUCAGCGCGUGCUCGGGCUACAUUUCCUCGGUCCAGCCGCCGGUGAGGUAAUUCAAGGUUUUGCCGCCGCACUCAAGUGUGGCCUCACGAUGCAGAUACUGCGCAAUACGGUCGGUAUACAUCCGACCGUUGCAGAGGAAUUCACCCGGCUGGCCAUCACGAAGAGUUCCGGCUUGGAUCCGACACCGGCUACCUGCUGCAGCUAGAAAGGGGGACUGCACACAAAAACCCUUUCUAUUUCUUUGUCCUUUCGUUUAUUAUCGUUUCUAUUGCUCAUUGGCGGGGAUGUUUGAUAAAAUUGAUUAGUCGCACACGUUGCAUCCCACGAUUCGCAGAAAAGAUUACAAGAAAAAUUUUGUUUAGCAAGAGCAAAGGAGAGUUUCGUCCUGUUGAAACAAAAACGGUUUGUUCCCAUCGCUGUGAGAUUGUUGUGUGUAUUCGCUCAAUCUAAUUGAGCGGAUAUUGAAGACUGUGUGUGUGAUUUGUUUUGUGUGGUGAACAAGCAGGACGAAACCCAGGAUGGAAAAAAGAGAAGACAAAAAACAGCCUGAGGAACAUUUUUAAAAACAUCAUUAGUUAGACACAGGUGCCCUUAGGGCAGCAGGAUUUGGAUCUGUACUAUUAGGUGCGUGGAUAGAGAGGCUAAAAGAAGGAUAGACAGCGCAUUCUGCAGAACCCCGCAGAACGCAAAUGACAAGGCACGAAUUAGGUACACCGAACAUCACUUAUUCUUCUUAUUCUCCCGCCAAUGAAUUUUCAUCAGUAUCAACAACAACAAAACAAAACAAAAACAUCAAACAGGAAACUCAA